GGUGGCUAAAAUAUGUAGCACGGCUCUGGCUAAAAUGCGGUGUUUUGUGCCUUUCUGCAAAAAUACAUCGGAAAAUGUAUCGGAAGGAGAUGGGCCGAGGAUUAGUUUUCAUGGUUUCCCCAGCGAAGUGCAUCGCCGUGCUGCGUGGCUCCGAGCCCUCGGCCAACAGGACAGUCACCUACCAGACUCUGCUGUGGUCUGCUCGCAGCAUUUUCUGUGUGAUGACAUUCAUGAAACAGAAGGUGGCUUGAGGCAAAUAGAUAUCAGCGCUAUGCCUUCUACAGUGCAGGUUUGCAUGAUAUGCCUAGACACUGACAGCAAGCUGUUCCUAAUGGGUAAACACAAAUUGCAAGAAGCAUAUGAAAAGUUAACGGGACAUCGUUUGUGUGAUCUAGCGAACCUAAAACAAACACUUUGUGUACAAUGUGCUCACAGUCUGAUAAAAUUUAAUAGAUUUAGAGACAAAAGCCUGAGAGCCCGUGCACUGAUGAUGGACUUAGUUGAAAAACAUGAAUUGAUAACAAGACAACAUGUAGAAAUGAUAAACCGGUCAAAACACCAACUAAAGAGUAACAUGGUGUUGACAACACUAGGACCUGACCACUGCGACUUACACAUACUAGAACACCCCCCAGAAGACAAACAGGCAGAAAAAGAGGAAUCUGAACACAUGUUUGUUGUGAAAACUGAAGAAACUGAUGACUCUAUGUCGGUUGAUGAAGACACGGAAGUGAUAUAUGAAGAUGAUGAAAAUGUCGAUAAUUUUGUUCAGGAUCCAUUAAAGUACGAAAGUGCUCCUUUCCAAUGUACACUUUGUUUGGAAGAAUUCCUCCUUGAACAUGCAUACAUGCAACAUGUGAGCAUGCAUCUGCAGAAUGGCGAUGGUGAUGGGGAAUAUGACACAUCACGAGUGUGCGAGCCUCGUACAGCUGAGAGCUGUAGCGCGUCACGCUCUUCACUCCUCACUGAGAACAAGGCGGCAGACCCCAGCACUUGCACACACGCUGCGCUCGCCGCAGCAACUGCCUUGUCGACGAGUGUUGCGACAAAUGGGAACAAAGGCCACGCGACUGAAGAAGCCGAUAUAUUCCAGAAAACCAAUGACGAUGCAACUGCCUUGUCGACGAGUGUUGCGACAAAUGGGAACAAAGGCCACGCGACUGAAGAAGCCGAUAUAUUCCAGAAAACCAAUGACGAUGGUGAAUUUGAAAACCAAUCAUCUACAACUGCCUUGUCGACGAGUGUUGCGACAAAUGGGAACAAAGGCCACGCGACUGAAGAAGCCGAUAUAUUCCAGAAAACCAAUGACGAUGUAACUGCCUUGUCGACGAGUGUUGCGACAAAUGACGAGAAAAAAGUCCACGCGACUGAAGAAGCCGAUAUAUUCCAGAAAACCAAUGACAAUGUAACUACCUUGUCGACGAGUGUUGCGACAAAUGACGAGAACAAAGUCCACGCGACUGAAGAAGCCGAUAUAUUCCAGAAAACCAAUGACAAUGCAACUGCCUUGUCGACGAGUGUUGCGACAAAUGGGAACAAAGGCCACGCGACUGAAGAAGCCGAUAUAUUCCAGAAAACCAAUGACGAUGUAACUGCCUUGUCGACGAGUGUUGCGACAAAUGACGAGAAAAAAGUCCACGCGACUGAAGAAGCCGAUAUAUUCCAGAAAACCAAUGACAAUGUAACUACCUUGUCGACGAGUGUUGCGACAAAUGACGAGAACAAAGUCCACGCGACUGAAGAAGCCGAUAUAUUCCAGAAAACCAAUGACAAUGCAACUGCCUUGUCGACGAGUGUUGCGACAAAUGACGAGAACAAAGGCCACGCGCCUGAAGAAGCCGAUAUAUUCCAGAAAACCAAUGACGAUGGUGAAUUUGAAAACCAAUCAUCUAGUAAAAUGAGCGUAAACAUUAAUACAUUCAAAAAUUGUGUAGUCAAGUUAUAUGAUAUUUUCACAAAUAUGAAAGUUGUUACGAAACAUGAUGGACCGGUGACGAAAACACGAAUAACUGAUAUGGUUUGUGACAGUCGGGAUAUUGCGUCUAAAGAUUCCAGUUAUCGGGCAACAAGUCAGAACGAAGUCCUUCCGACAGAAUACAUUGUACCAGUCACUAGUAGUAGUACUAGUCUGAGUAAUGUCAUUAAUCCAGUACAAUGUAUUAAUUCAUCACAAAAUAGUUUACACACUGAGGAAGGGUCGUUCACUUGUGACAUUUGUCGUAAAACUUAUAAUAGAAAAAGUCUCUUAAUUAAACAUAUAAAGACUCACUCUGAAGUAAGAGGGUUCACUUGCAAGACUUGUCAAUACAAAUGUAAAUAUCAAUAUCUUUUGACAAGACACAUGGUAACUCACACUGGUAUAAAACCAUUCUCGUGUAAGUUAUGCGAUUAUAAAUCUGCACAUAAUAGCCAUCUAGUGAGGCACAUGAGAACUCACUCGGGUAUAAAACCAUUCUCGUGUAAGUUAUGCGAUUACAAAUCUGCACAUAAUAGCCAUCUAGUGCGGCACAUGAGAACUCACACGGGUAUAAAACCAUUCUCGUGUAAGUUAUGCGAUUAUAAAUCUGCACAUAAUAGCCAUCUAGUGAGGCACAUGAGAACUCACUCGGGUAUAAAACCAUUCUCGUGUAAGUUAUGCGAUUAUAAAUCUGCACAAAAUAGCACUCUAAUGCUGCACAUGAGAACUCACACGGGUAUAAAACCAUUCUCGUGUAAUUUAUGCAAUUACAAAUGUGCACGAAAUGGCGAUCUAGUGACGCACAUGAGAACUCACUCGGGUAUAAAACCAUUCUCGUGUAAGUUAUGCGAUUAUAAAUCUGCACAAAAUAGCACUCUAAUGCUGCACAUGACAACUCACACGGGUAUAAAACCAUUCUCGUGUAAUUUAUGCAAUUACAAAUGUGCACGAAAUGGCGAUCUAGUGACGCACAUGAGAACUCACUCGGGUAUAAAACCAUUCUCGUGUAAGUUAUGCGAUUAUAAACGUGCACAUAAUAGCCAUCUAGUGACGCAUAUGAGAACUCACUCGGGUUUAAAACCAUUCUCGUGUAAGUUAUGCGAUUAUAAAUCUGCACAAAAUAGCACUAUAAUGCUGCACAUGAGAACUCACACGGGUAUAAAACCAUUCUCGUUAUGCGAUUAUAAAUCUGCACAUAAUAGCCAUCUAGUGACGCACAUGAGAACUCACACGGUAACUGCCUUGUCGACGAGUGUUGCGACAAAUGACGAGAACAAAGGCCACGCGCCUGAAGAAGCCGAUAUAUUCCAGAAAACCAAUGACGAUGCAACUGCCUUGUCGACGAGUGUUGCGACAAAUGGGAACAAAGGCCACGCGACUGAAGAAGCCGAUAUAUUCCAGAAAACCAAUGACGAUGUCGGGAUAUUGCGUCUAAAGAUUCCAGUUAUCGGGCAACAAGUCAGAACGAAGUCCUUCCGCCAGAAUACAUUGUACCAGUCACUAGUAGUAGUACUAGUCUGA